AUGAUGAAAGCAGCUGAUGUCCUCUCUGACAGAGCUCUCUGGGGCAUGAUUGUACUUUUUGGUCUCUGCUCCAGCAUGGGGAUCUGGUCUGGAAUAUCUCCCAUACCUGUCAGCUCAGUCAUUAUAUUAUUUCUAGUUAAACAGGCCAAAGGAUCUCUGCUGGAAAAAACAACCACUGGAUGGAACAAAUACAAACAGGAAUGUCUGAAAAUGCUACAGGAAUCAGCUGUAGGUACUGGAAUACGUUGUAAUGGGACUUUUGAUCAGUUUGUUUGCUGGCCGUACUCAACCCCAGGAAAAGUAUCUGUUCCUUGUCCUUCGUAUUUGCCAUGGCUGGAAAAUGGAAGUGCAGGAAAUGUAUACAGAGUCUGCUUAGAUGAAGGAACUUGGCAAACGAAGGAAAACUCCACAGACAUUUGGCGUGACAGUUCAGAAUGUUCUGAGAAAAAUAAUCUCCAAAAAAGUGAAGAAGAACAUAAAUUACUUACCACACUACAGUUGUUGUACACUAUAGGAUAUUAUUUUUCUCUAAUCUCACUGGUUUUAGCUCUCCUUAUACUUUCUUUGCUCAGAAAACUUCACUGCACAAGAAACUACAUCCAUAUUAAUUUAUUUGCAUCUUUCAUCUUGCGUGCCACAGCCAUUCUUAUUAAAGACAAUGUACUUCACAAGAUUUACUCCAAAAGACCAAAUGAUGAAACUGGAUGGAUAUUAUACCUCAGUCCUGAGAUUCUAAUCAUUUGCAGAACUGCUCAGUUCUUCAUGCACUAUUUUGUUGGAGCAAAUUAUUUUUGGCUAUUAGUAGAAGGAAUUUAUCUGCAUACAUUGUUGAUUACUGCUGUGCUCUCAGAAAGAAGACUGCUGCAGACAUACAUAGUGAUAGGAUGGGUUGUUCCUAUUCUGUUUGUCGCCCCCUGGGGAAUAAGCAGAUCAAAACUGGAGAACACAGGGUGCUGGGGAACAAAUGAACACAUGGGAAUCUGGUGGAUCAUCCGAGGACCGAUGUUGUUUUCCAUUACAGUUAAUUUUGGCAUCUUCUUAAAAAUUCUGAGGAUGUUGAUUUCCAAACUAAAAGCCCAGAAAAUGAGCUUUCAUGACUACAAAUACAGAUUGGCAAGAUCUACACUUGUGCUGAUUCCACUGCUGGGGAUCCAUGAGUUUAUAUUUUCCUUCAUCACUGAUGAGCAGGUGGAAGGAUUUCCAAGACAUGUAAGACUUUUCAUUCAGCUGACAAUGAGCUCAUUUCAUGGUUUUUUUGUAGCAGUUUUAUACUGCUUUGCAAAUGGAGAGGUAAAAGCAGAACUCCACAAGCAGUGGUCCCGCUUCUUGCUGGCAGAACCCUUUGGUCGUAAGCUCUGCUUUCUUGGGCAAAACAUCAAAUACCUCAGGAAAUGUUCACAGAAAGAGAAAAAACAGCACCUCAGCAGCAAUCACUUGUUCGUGGAGGUGAGUGAGUCCUGGGGCAUGAAGCUCCAGCAGGUACUGGUGAAGGAGAGGGCAGUUCCAUGCAUGAAACCAGGCCGUGCACUUCCAUCUCAUCUGCGGGCAAGUGUGUCAGAUAGCAGUGAAGAAGUGACCACUGGAGAGACAACUGAGGAGGUGGUCUUUGAAGAAAGUGAAAUCUAGAAAGAAGUCCACUAGGACAGCACCUUCCAACAGCCACAGUAUUUCGAAAGAUCAUCUUCUUUCACCUCCAGGCUGCACAGAUCUCUGUGAUGUGCAACACAGAGAAAAAGCAGUCGUACUUCCUGCCAGUUUCAGCUGUUCCACCUUGACUGACUGGGAGAAAACUGUUCCUAACCCGUGUGGCUGGGGAGGAGGAGGUGCAUCAAAAAAUCCUUUGGGUUGGCUAAUAUAGAUAAUAACAUGCUGAGAUAUACACAAACAACUACUUUCAGGUUAACCCAGAUGCAUUUUAUUUAAGCAAAGGCUUGGGAUGAAGCAAAUUUUGGCUUGAAUGCUUAAGCUUCUUUCCUUAUGGUCUAGUGCUGGAAAUGUCUAUAUGAAGUGACAGAUCAAAAAGUACUUAUUCUUUUCUAAAUGCCCAAAUGAAACAUUUUUGCAGAAGUGUUAAUUUUUGUUUUCACACUUUUUCGGAGCAAACCACACAUUCUGAUCCAUAUGCACGUUACCCUAACUGUUCUGAAGACAUGCGUUAUGACUGGCCUAAGUAAUGAAACAGAUCAGUGGGAAGUGCCGCUUCCACCUUCCCCCUGAGGUACUCAGCAUAGAUAAUGGAUAACGGAUUGUAUUCACAUUGAAAGAUAAUUGUGAAAUUUAUCCACCAGCAUUUAAAAUUUCCAUUAUCAUACACAACUCUCCUGAAGACCUGAGGAAUUCAGGUUUGUUAAUAUCUAUCUGAUGAGCCAGCCUGCAAACUUGCCAACACAAGCCUAUGCAUCAUACUGAAAGGAGAAAGAUAAAUAAAGAUUAGCAAAUAAUACUUACCUACACCAUAAGUCUAUACUCUGGGCACGCACACUGUAAUUACUGAGCAAGCAGCAAGUUACAUAGCAUUUGAGCAAUUUCAGUUCAAAACUUACCAGUGUUACCCGUUGUGAUAUACUGAUUCUGUGCAGAGGACAGAUAAGUUCACUGACAAGUGCCAAUCUAGAAUACAUUUGAACUAUUCAAUUUCUGGUACUUUUCAAAAAAGUAUUUCUUUUAUAGUUUUAUCAAAGUUAAAAAUUUAGUCUCUUUAGUAUAUGUAGAUAACAUAUUAUUAAAAAGUAAAUAUUUGAUCAAUAUGAAAAUAUAUUCUCAGUUUUGAAGGGCUUUUUUCCUAGAAUGUUUGUUUUGCUUAUAAUAUUUUAAUGCAACGGAUUACAGGCACCUGACACUACAUAUCUGCUGAUGUCUUCUCAAAUUUAAAGAUUGACUUCUUCCAGAGAUUUUUUUUUGUGCUAUUAAAAAGCCUUCAGCAGUUUAGAAUGCAUUUUAGAUGGGUGCUAAAAAAUGUUAACACUGUAAGAAAUUUAUUGUAUCUCAGUAAAAUACCUUUUUACUAUAGAGUAUUUCUGUUUCCAUUUCAAAUCUUCACAAAUCCUCUGCUAUGCUAAGAGUCAAGUUGGUUUGGAGUACAUUCAUAGUCAGUCCCAAAGUCACACAGAACAGCUGCAAGAUGCAGCUGUUUGUAAGCCAUGUCAUUGAAGUUAUCUUCAGGAAAGUAUGUGGGAGCUGCCACAGCAUCAGGCUACAUCUGUCGGCUCAGCUUCUUCUUUUAUCAUAUGCUUUGCAUUCAAUGGUUAUUUUCUCCGUGUACAACUAAAUUCUUUCCAGUUUUUAAAAGGGGAUUAUAAACAGGAGGAGAAUCAAGGGUAGACAGUGGUAAAAAGGGUGCCCAUUUUACAAGGGUAGACAGUGAUAGGACAAGGCGGAAUGGCAUUAAGCUCAAGGAGGGAAGGUCUAGGUUGGAUGUCAAUGGGAAGUUCUUCACAG